GAGAAGCAGAUAGACAGAGAGAGAGAAAGAGGCAGACACACUGGCUGAGAGACUCAUAGAGGCACAGGCCAGCAGCAAACAUACACAGAUCAGGCAUGAAUACACACCAGAUAGCCUUGACACCCACAUCAUAGGCUGUAACACACAACACGCUGACGCUGUUCAUUUAAAUAGCAUGUACACAAGCCUGUCACACAAUGCUGUCACACUAAAGCACGGCUAUGGCUCAUCCUGACAGCUCUGGUACACUGAGCUCCAUUGCCUUUAGACACAGAUUGCCAUGACACAUAGACACACAUAGCUUUCUGUCAUACAAAGGCUGUUCUGUCACAUACAUAUUCAGCUGAUCAGCGCAGUGUGACCGUCUUUCUCUGCAGGGACAGAUCAGCUAAACGCCUGUUCUGGUACAUGAACUAGUAAUGUUGCCUGUUACCUCUCUGUCACCUAUGAAUUUCUAAUUAAAGUUCCACUUUGUGCCCUGGGGCCAUGCACUUCAGCACCUGCAGUCAUGUCGGCUUGCGGCUCAUUUACAGAGCAUGUUUGGAAACCAGGAGAGUGCAAGAACUGCUUUCAGCCAAAAGGUCAGCAUCAGUUAUCAGCUCUUGGCAGAGGCAACCCUGGUCAACCACCACCUCCUCCUCCACCACCACCUCCUUAUCGAGCAAAUCAUGCCAAAGUUAUUUCCAACCAGCGACCACGUGCAACGACUGGGUUCAGGCCACCAGUUGCCAAGAAGCCUACCAUUGCUGUAAAGCCUACCAUGAUGGCUGUAGAUGGAGCAGUAGGGCAUCCUAUUCAAAGUCAUUCUAGAUCACCACUACCCACACAAAACACUCGAUCUCAAGUCCAAAACAAUGUAUCUAAUGAUGAUCGAGCAAAUAACAACACCAGAGCAGAACAAACAGUCACUAAUAAUAAUCAUGUGAGUAGCAGUGGACUCACAGAGGUACUGAAAGAGAUUGCGGGCUUGAGUCCAGUUGAACCUGCUCCUCCCUCAGAAGCUACACCUCGAGAGCACUUUCUAUGUAGGAUCAAUCAAUGUUAUCGUCGCUCUUUAGAAAGGAAGCCACCUGCUAGUUGUUUAUCUGGAAGUAGACAUGAAGGAGGGGGGUCAAAAAAAGGUGUUAGAAGAGUAGCUUUAAGCGGGGAAGAAGGUGCCGUUAUUGGAAUGGAUGGUGGGCGCUUUUGCUAUCCUGAAUUUUCCAGUGGGGAUGAUAGCUGGGAUGAAGAAGAUGAAGAAGACCAGGGGGAACGGGACAGCUGGGAAGAAAGUGAUGAAGAACUUUUGGCAAUGGAGAUUCGUAUGAGAGGACAACCACGGUUUGCUAAUCUCCAAAGUGGCAGUCUGUCUCCUGUUCCUGGAAGACUUGGGAAAAGAGAGAAGUGGAAUACUGUGCCAUUACGUCAAAAGUCCUUACAACGGGUGUGUGCUGUGGACUAUGAUGAUAGCUAUGAUGAGAUCCUUAAUGGCUGUGAAGUGGUUGGACAUGGGGAAGGCAACAUUGUUUCCCCUUCUCCAGAUACAUCAAUGGUUGAUUCCUUGUCUUGUCCUCCUUCAUCAUCUUCCUCCUCCACUUCCUCAUCAUCAUCAUCUUCUGGAGGGCUCUUUUGCAAUGGCAAUGUAGUCACAGAGAAAGCAUCCGUAACUGGACCAGAUAGUACAACACAGGAUGUUACCCAAGAUACUAGUAUGGCACAGGCUAAGCCAUAUCGUGUAGUUAACUUGGAGCAACCAGUCUGUAAACCAUACACAGUAGUUGAUGUUUCUGCUGCUAUGGCUGGGGAAUGCCCAUCUCGACUGAACACAAAGUUGAAAAAGUCUAGCUCUACACGUUAUCAGGAAGUUUGGACAUCAAGCACUAGUCCUCGGCAAAAGCUUGCAAAAACAGAAAUUGUGGAAGCUCCUAAACGAAGCUGCUAUAAGUCUGCCCCAACUUCACCCACUGCUGGUUUAAGUGCCCACACUGUACCUGUCCGUUCUCCCAACUUAUCAGAGAUCAAAUUUAACAGCUAUAACAAUGCAGGUAUGCCACCUUUUCCAAUUAUUAUUCAUGAUGAACCUGAAUAUGCCCACAGUUGUAAAAGUGCUGAUAAAGUGCCCAUCCUCAUCAAUCCUAGUGCUUAUGAUAAUUUAGCUAUUUACAGAAGUUUUGUUGGAACUGGUGGUGUCUUUCCUCCACCUCCAGACAAGGAAAAACGUCAGACUGGAAGUGUAGCGAGCCACACAUAUGAAGAAAUAGAAACUCCUGCUAAAGCACAAAAAAAAGAGGAGUCUCCUGGUGGGGUCACCCAGGAAACAGGUGGUGGAUGUACCCGUGAAAGUGCCAACCGUGUUCUGUCUCAGAUUGUGGCAUCCAUCCAACCUCCUCGUUCUCCACCUGAAGCUUUAACUCCUGAGUCGGGUAGUAGUGAUGAUCGGCCACCAGAGACCCAGUCUGAUCCGGAGCAACAUACCAGUUCUUUAGGAAGACCGAAAACUCUGUUUUCCUCCAAAAGUGAAACUUUUGGAACUGUGAAUUUAAACAAAAAUUCUCCUGCUCUUUCCAGUGAUGACAGCCCUACUGUAUCUGCCAGUUCAGAACCUCUUCCCCCUUUCCCACCUCCACGCUCUACUUCUUCACCCUACCAUGCAACUAUGUUGCACAAACACUUUGCAACUCGUGGAAAACCAGUUGGAACUAACCGACCCUCACCAACCGAUUCUGCAACACAGCCACGCCGUCCAGCAGAUGGCAAGCCACGUCGUUGGAUAUCCUUCAAAAGUUUUUUCAGGAGGAAGAAGGAGGGAGGUGGACAUGGAGGUUGUGAGGACAGAGGAGAAGAGGGAAAGCUAGUUGGUCUAGAUGGCACUGUUAUUCACAUGCUUCCACCCCCACCAGUCCAAAGACACCAUUGGUUUAGUGAAAGCCGAGGAGAGCCUGGAGAGAAACCAUCCAUUGUGUUCAAUUAUCGGUCAGAGGAAGAGCGAGCUGCAGGAAGUCCACAGGAUAGCAUGGGUGCUGAGACCAGGUCUAGCAGCACUCCUGAUGAAAUGCCUAUACAUGACUCUACUUCAUUGGGCCCUAUGGUGCUCUCAACGCCGGAUGAACAGAAUCGAGCAGAUAGUUCACCACCACCUGCCGUUGCUGAGGUCCAGACACGUGAAGAACCUGCUUCUAUCUCUGGUGCUGCCUCUGAUUGCUCAUCUGACUUUAGUCCAGGAGGAGCCACCUAUAGUAACUUAGGUCAUUCUCGGGCAAACAUGAUCCCAUAUAAACAGCCUCGCCAGACACGUGGAGGAAGCCCACCUAAUGAACCAGAACCCCAUCCAACCCCUCCUCCGCUUCCAAAGAAGAAUCAGACACCUCGACAGACACCAGAUAAGGCACUUGGGGCAUUGCUGAGCAUGGCUAACCCCACCUAUGACACCGACCGUAGCUGGGAGACAGGUGGAACAGAGUCAGGAGACUCCAUGGAGCGAGGUGGAGGGAAGAUUGCUGAAUUACAGGUUGAAGCCCUGCGUCGCUUCUAUGCUCGCUGUGAGGACAUCUUCAUGGCAGGACAAAGAGAGCCCAUUAGCUUUGGACUGGAAAGUUGGCCAGACUUUAGGCUGACAAGCCCCACACCAUGCUGUCAAGCUGGAGAUGCUGUAUAUUAUCGAGCAUCCUACGCACGGGACCCCAGAAACCUCUAUGCUGUGAAGAUUUGCCGCAGUAAAUCUAAGCAAGCCCAGCGGGAAUACUACCACUGCCUGGCUGUUCGACAGGGCCUCACUGAACAUUUCAAUAUCCAGCAGGAUUGUGGGCAAUUUCUGGCUGAGGUACCUGCACGUUUACUACCCUGGGAGGACCCUACUGUAUCAGAGGAAGAGGAGGAGGAGGAGGACGAGGAAGAAGGAGAAAAUGUAGAGGUCUCCAAAAAAGGAAAAGAGAAAGCAAACCUAACGCAGAAGCAGAGUUCUCCUAACAAUCAAGGCUCAUUGGGCAAACGGAGGAGUAGGGUGGUAGUUAUUACCAGAGAACCUCCCAGACAGACACUUGCAGAUUUUGUUCGGGAGGGUGACAAAGCGCACCGUAGGGAGCCAGAGCUGUAUGAACGACAAGUGUGUCUGCUGUUGCUUCAGCUCUGUGGAGCUCUGGAGCAUUUGAAGGCACAAGGUAUUACUCACUGUGAUCUUCGUCUAGAUAACCUUUUGCUUGCCAGCUGCCGCCCUGGCGAUUCAGGAUGUAGUUGUUGUUACAGGUCUACCACAGAUGCAUCAAAAGAGCAGGUAAAGGAGACAAGCCCUUCUGAACAAAGAGCAUUCCCAACUUGUGCAGGUCGACUGCUUCUCACCAACUUUAUCCAAGCUAAAUUGAAGAGCCAAAGUGUUUGGCGUCCUCAGGGCCUAGGCGAUCCUUCACGUAUGGCUCCUGAAAUUGUGGGAGCAACACAGUACCGAAGAAGCGAUGAGUUUCAGACAGGGAUCCUCAUCUAUGAAAUGUUGCACUUACCCAAUCCUUUCCAUGAUGGGGGUUUGAAGGAAAGAGAAUAUGGACCCUGUGACUUACCAGCUGUGCCACGCCGCUCUCCAUAUUCACGUGGCUUGGGGAGAUUGGCAGGGCUUCUUUUGCAGCAUAGCCCUUCAGAUCGGCUACAGGUGGGGCAAGCCAAGGCUGCUCUGCGCUGUUUAAUUUGGGGCCCUCGAGAAGAAGUUCUGCAAGGAUCAGGAUCUCUACAUAACUGGCUGGAAGUUAAGAGGACAUUGUUACUAAUAAGACUAGCAGAGCGAGCUUUAGAGAAAGAGGGUGGAGUGACUCUGGAGGACUGGUUGUGCUGUCAGUACCUGGCAUUCGGCACAGCCCAGGGACUGGCACAGACACUACGGCUACUGGAACAAAACUGAAUGGCAUAGUCCUCCCCUGACUUUUCCCAACAUGGUCUGUGUGCAAUAGCUGGGAAUACCCCAGAAGGCUCCGUUUAAGAAGCUUGAAUGUCCAGUGUUAUACCACUCCUUCCUGCACAGUCAGGCAGAUACCUAAGCAGACAUUACACUCACAUGUGGGUUCUCAUGUACACCAACUUGCAUGCCUCAAAAAACAACGGACUUGGUAUAGACAUUGUAAAGCGUAUUUACAAGCAAGUAUAUUCCAUUUUAUUAACAAGUUUUUAAAACCACCCCUUUUCAUACAACCAUUUUAAUGCUGCCAGCAGCCAUCUUUUACCAUUUACAUUUCCUAAGGGUUUGUGUAUUACAGUCUACUGCUUAUAACAAGAUAGCACCAUUAAAGGCCACAUGAGGGACACCCCAUAAAAAGUAUUACUACAUCCUCACUCCACAGAGGUACAGACAGGUCAACGUACCCCUGAGAGAGGAAUACAUAAACCAAAGCCAUGACACACGGCACACGUGGCGCACGGCACUGCUGAUUCACUAUAUACAUACGCACAUAAUCUGCCAGACUGUGGGGGAGAAAUUACCAGAACUAGUAUUAAUAUGAAAUGUUUUAUUCUUAAUGCUUUUAAUACCAUAAAUUCAUAUUUAUAUUUAUAUGCAACUACACAUGCAGUAUCCUUAAAAUUUAAAAACCACACCCAUAGUGUUAAAUUCAUAUAUAGAACUAUAUACAGUAUACACGAUGUGAAGACAGAAGUGUCCUUGGCGCUUCACGUUCCUAAUCUUAUGGGGAGUAGGCGCAGGUAUGCCCCUUACAGAGCCCCACUGCUCGGUAAUUCCUCUGUUAUAGGAGGCGAGGGGAGCAGAGGUGGUCAUCUGGUACAGGUGUCCCAUGCUCCAAUGCCUCCUUUCCUUUUUUUGUUUUUGUUGUGGUACUUUUCCCCAUCUAUACUGCUGAUGUUCCUACUGUUGCUGUGUUAAUAAAUCUGUUUUAUGGCACUGGUA